AAGAACCAGCUUGAUAUUUAGUAUUUAGCCCCGUAUCUAUUGUCAUAUAGGAAAGAUUGCUCGGCAGAUCAAAUUAUUAGCCAUGAUUUCUGUCCGUGGAAUUAUUUUUUGUAUCCAUUGCUGUUUGGGUCUUAUACUUUCCACUGAAUUAUGUGGCGCAGAACCACCUUAUGUUUGGCUUACUGGCGAUGAACAGUAUAAUAUUUCAUCAGUUGAUAUAGACCAGAUCAUUGAAGAGAACUUCAUUUUGAUUUUCAACACAACGAUUCGCCAUAGAAUUAGAUUCUCCAUUUUAGAUUUUGAUUUCGAAUUCGGCUAUAUGUUCAUGAGCAUUGGUGAUGGGACUGAAAUAGAUGGAGCUGAUGUGCUCUUUGAGGAAUCAUCAACUUACACUGAGUUAGCAAGCUUCAGUGGAUCAGAUUCGCCAAGUGUUGUGACAUCAGUAAGCAACUCAGCAUGGAUGAAACUCACAAACAUCAAAACCUAUCAAAGGAAAAUGGAUUUCAAUGUAACUGUCUCGUGUACCAAUAUAUCAGACAUUACUGAAGUAAAUGAGGUUGAAACGACAUUGAUCAGGUCAAUGAAUUACCCGUCAAAUUACCCAAACAACUAUUAUCGUCUGUGGGUUAUCCGAACACACGAAGGCUACGUCAUCGAAGUUACCGUAAGAUCAUUUGACGUGGAAAACGGGAACGACCACGUGUACAUAGGUGAUGGCGUUGAUAGCUUUACAAACCAAGGAUCAAGAUGGCGAGACUGGACAGGAUUAUGGGAGAAUGAGGUCCUAGAAUCACGAGACUUCACAUCAUCUACCAAUUCAGUCACCAUGAUCUUUACCACUGAUCAUAGCUCAAGAAAAUCAGGGUUCUGGAUCCAAUUGCGAGCUGCUAAGAAACCAGGUUAA